AUGCGUGUUCUCUAUUGGAACAUUAAUGUCAUUGCACGGGAUGCAUCCAAAAAUAAGUUAAGAGAGUUAAUUCUUGAGUUUAAGCCAGAUAUUUUCUGUCUAGCUGAACCUAAGGUGCAUUGUACCUUGCGUUUCUUACACAAAUUAUAUGUAGCUGGUUAUAAGAAGGAAGUUAUUCAUAAUGUUGUUGAUUCGUCUAAAGGAUCUCCUGCUUUUAUUUUUCCUUUCAAGCUCAAGAGGUUAAAAGCUGCUAUGAAUAAUUGGAAUUCACAUGUUUUUGGCAAUAUUUUUGCUAAGCUAAAACAAGCUGAAUUGACUAUGGAAGUGGCUCUUCGUAUUUUGGAUGAGGAUCCAGAGGAUAUAACUAAGCUGAAUUCUUCCAAGGAGGCUUCAGUUAUUCUUCAGGAAAUUCGUUCUCAUCAUGUUACUAUGCUAAAGAAAAAAUCACGUAAUAAAUGGCUUUUGGAGGGAGCUAGUAAUACUUCUUUCUUUCAUGCUAAUAUCAGAAUGCGCAGGAGUAGUAAUAUGAUUUCGGAGUUGGUGGAUGAUAAUGGGGCUGUUAUUACUGAUUGUGAUCAAAUUAGAGACUAUACAGUUUCUUUUUUUGAAUCAAAGUUUAAUGGUGAUGAGUUUCCUAUUGAUGAGGAGCUUUUUAAUUAUGAUCAUAACAUCAUCUCGGUGGAGGAUAGUCAGAGAAUGGAUGAAAUUCCUUCUAUGGAGGAGAUUAAGAAUGUUGUUUUCUAUUUGGAUGCGGAUAGUGCGCCAGGGCCGGAUGGUUUCUCUGGUUUUUUUUAUAGGCAUUGUUGGGACGUGGUGCAAUAUGACCUUGUCAGAGCUAUCACGUACUGUUGGCAGCGACAAAUCAUUCCUCAUGGUGCUAAUUCUAGUCUUAUUAUUCUUCUUGCCAAGGGGAGGAACAUUCAUGAAAACAUUACUGUGGCGUCGGAGAUGAUCAAUGAUCUGAGAACCAAACGUAAGGAUGGCAGUUUGGGGUUGAAACUGGAUAUUACUCAAGCUUUUGACACGGUUAGUUGGUCAUUUGUUUUAAAGGUUUUUCGAAGGUAUGGUUUCUCUCAAAAUUGGUGUUCUUGGAUUUUGGCUAUUCUUAACUCAGCAAGGAUUUCUAUUCUUCUUAAUGGAAGUCCAGAGGGAUUCUUCAAAAUCAAUAGAGGUCUUCGGCAAGGCAAUAUGAAGAGUCUGCAUAACCUUCUUGCUUUGCUUGGUAAAUACCAAAGUGCCUCGGGCCAAACUGUCUGUCGUCAAAAGAGUAAGAUUUAUUAUGGUGGUGGUUCUUUGAGUCGCUGUGGGACUAUCACUAAUUUACUGGGUAUGGAAGUUACUACUUUUCCGGACAGGUAUUUGGGAGUUCAAAUUAUGCCUGGAGUAGUUAAGUAUCGUCACAUUUGUAAUGUGAUGGAGAAAAUUAAGAAACAACUUUCGGUUUGGAAAGGUAAGUUACUUUCUUUUCAAGAUAGAGUUGUUCUUAUCAAUUCAGUGAUAGCGAGUUAUGCUAUUCACAACAUGGCGGUGUACAAAUGGCCUAGAAAAUUUGUUCAACAGGCUGAAAGAGUUAUUCGUAAUUUUCUUUGGUCGGGUGAUGCUGAAGUUGCAAGGAAAUUUGUUGUUGGAUAUCCAAAGGUUUGUUUUCCGUUGAAGGAAGGGGGUCUUGGUAUAACCAGCAUGGUUGUUACUAAUAAGGCUCUUCUAAUGAAGCUAUGGUGGAGUAUUCGUUCUUCUAACAAGAAAUGGGCUCGUUUCUUAUGGGCGAAAUUUACUACUAAGCAGGGUAGUAUAAAGCUUUAUGGGGUGAAAUAUUCUAUUUUGCCGGGCAUGAAACUGAUUCAUUCUAUUGUUGACAAGAAUACCAAGGUUCUCAUUGGGGACGGGAGGUCUACAUCUCUUUAUUUUGAUGUUUGGUAUGGUAAUGAGUGUAUUGCUGAUAUGCUUAAUGAAACUGACUUGGACAGAAAUUUCAAGGUCAGUGAUAUUAUUGUUAAUAAUGCUUGGAUGAUGCAGGGAGAUCAUAUUCAGAAUUUGGUCCGUGCGGGUGUGGAUCUUUCAAAUUUGCCUUUGUUACAAGGAGGGAAUGAUUGUAGAGUUUGGAUGCCGGAGAUGAAUGGCCACUUUUCAGUCUCUUCAGCAAAGAAUAUCAUUAGAAGGGCGUAUCCAAAAUCAGCAAUUUAUGGUCUUUUGUGGAGGAAAGAAAUUCAUCCCAAAUUGGCUGCUCAGAAUUGGAAGAUAUGUCGUGAGGUUUGUGCAACUCAAGACAAGAUCAGGAGUAGAUUCAAAGUUGAAAUGGCCAACAAAUGUUACUUGUGCAACAAGGAGGAAGAAUCUUUGGAGCAUAUUAUUUGGAGUUGUACGUUUGCAACUCAAAUUUGGCAGUGGUGUUCAGGUUUGUUUAAUCUAACACCUUAUUAUGAUAUUGUGAAUUCAUAUAAAUCAGCAAAGGGUAGAAGUAGAAUUGUCAAAGAUUUAUGGCUUUUAGCUAUUUUGGUGAUUCGCUCGGAAUUAUGGAAAACAAGAAAUAAGGGUUUCAUGCAUAAUACUACAACGGACUUGGAUCUUUUGAACUUUUUCCGUGUGAUGCAUAGGAAGGUUAAGCAGGUUCAGCCAAUUGAGUGCUUUUGGAGUCCGCCAAAUAGGGAUGAAAUUUUAUUAUGUUGUGAUGGAGCAGCCAAAGGAAAUCCGGGUAUAGCUGGAGCUGGUGUUGUUUGGGCUAUGAAGUGGAAUGUUAAAAGAGUGGUUGUACGUUCUGAUUCAAUGGGAACAAUUAAGACAUUGACGGGUACAAAUCUUCCUUGGAUGGGGGAAAACCCUGUUUCUUCCACGCAAUCUAAAGGGGUUCAUAAGGCUACGUUUGCUGAUUUAGUCAAGGGGAAAAAACCCUAUAUGUUGACAGAUUUUGAUUUGUUAUCCCUUCCAGAGGCGUCUUCAUACCUUGAAGAACCAGCGUUAGUUUUACCUUUAGAACUAACAAAAGAAGGGAGGGAUAUUUUCCAGUUUAGUCUCAUUGGAAGACUGAACUUUAAAGGUUUGAAACUUAAUGAGGUCCAAAAAAGCUUGGAAGAACAAUGGGGUUUUGGUGAUGGUAGAUGCAAGCUUGUUCCUAUGACUAAGGGGUUUUUCAUCAUCAAGUUGAUUUCUGCGGAAGAUAAAGAGUGUGUAUGGCAUGGUGAUUCAUGGAAGGUUCAGAACCAAACCCUUAGGGUUUUGAAUUUUUACCCUAAUUUUGAUCCUGAAAAGCAAACCACGUCUCAUGCUACAGUUUGGGUGAGUUUCCCUGGCUUAUACAUUGAAUUAUGGACAAAAACAAUUCUUCUAUCUAUUGCAAAAAUUCUUGGUAAACCAAUUGCUAUAGACCAGAAAACGUUGGAUCAUGAUGUUGGUAAUUAUGCUGCUGUUCUUAUUGACAUUGAUUUUGCAAAAGAGAUUCCUAAAAGAAUAUAUCUUACAGCCAAUGGUAAGGAGUUCUGGCAAUAUGUGGAAGUUCAAGAUAUGGAGAAUGUUAAGUUUUGUUCUCAUUGA